AUGGAGAAUCUACAAAAUACCGUGAACUCUUUACCUCAAAUGUCAAGGGAUAUUGUGGACGAUACUAUUCACGAAAAAGUUCUUUCUUAUUUAUCCGAAUAUGCCUCUCAAGGUCCUGAUAUGGUGGCUACCUUCAUGCAAUGGAAUGUGCUGGACGUCAUACCCAAACUUUUAGAAAAUGAUGAUAAAAAAAACGCGUUGUUGUUUAAUAAAAUUAUUGAAAGUUAUCACGAUGUACUCGAUUUUAUCUCGGAAAAUGCGUUUGCAGAAGAAGGAUCAUUACGUUAUUCAUGCUACGAAGCAUUGGAACAAAUAGUUUCAUAUGAAAAUGGUGCAAAAUGGUUCUUUCAUACAAACAAAAGUUCACAAAUUGUUUCAGCGUGUUUUCUUGACUCCAACACUUACGUUACAACUACCGCCUCGAAACUUCUUUUGUCAAUAAUUAAUAAUUCCACGAUAUCCACAAAUCUCAAUGAUGAAACAGUGAUACAAAAUGAACUCUUGAAUCAUUUGAUUUCAACUCUAGAUAUUUUCGAUAUAAUAAAAAGAUUAUUAUUUAAUCCAAGUGAAGAUAUUGGUGAACGUUUAGCAACUUUACAACUCAUUUGGAUUCUAAUAAAUUCUAAAACAGAAAAUUCAUACGAAUUUAUUAAACGUGGACAACUUGUGAUCAUUAGAUCUCGAACAAUUGAUAUUUUAUGUGAUAUUUUUAUGUCACCAGAACCUAUAUCUCUAUUGAAAACAUCUUUACAUUCAAUUGAUCCGAUUGACGAAACAUUCGAAUUUAUCGUACAUGAAAUUGUUUUCUCAUUAUUUAAUACUGAUAAAAAUGUUGAGAUGAUUACUGUGGCGGUUAAUGUCAUUGAAUCCUUAAUUAUAUUAGUUGAUCGAGUAGAAGUUAGUAAUAAAGAAAUUUAUGCCUCAAGAUUAAUGGAUGUAUUAAUAAUUUUAUUGGAAUUUUCCAAGAUUCGAGAAUCAAAAGAAACCCUAUUUAAACAUGUAAUAAAUCCCGAUAUACAACUAUUGAUUUUUAAUGGAACAUAUGAAAAGUUAAGAACACUAUUCUUAAAUAUAAGAAAAAAUAUUGCCAAUAGAAAAUCCAUAAUUCUCAGCAUAUUACAUGCAAUUAGUACAAUUUAUCACAAGUACAAUUCUUUAGUUAUGAAUACAACUAUCGAUAUAAUUAAUAUAAUACUGGAUAUAUUAUUUAUACCAAAUUAUAACUCUGAUCAACGUAUAUUAAAAGCAGGACUUAGUGUAAUACCAAUUAUAUUAUUUAGUAAAAUUAUAAAUAAUCAAAUUACUGACCCAGAUAAUAUCAAUAAGACAUUAAAAAUGAUUCGAGAUUUAAUAACAGAUUCGAAAAUUGAAUGUCGAGGUAUAAUUUUACUUCUCGAAACAAUGGAAGUUUUAUUAAAUAACAAUAUUAUAGGUCAAUAUAUUCUUGAUUCCGAAUAUGGAGAAAUUUGGGCUGAUGCAAUUAUAUUUAAAAGUUGUGAUUAUCGCUGGGAAAUACGUGAUUCUAUUCUUGAAUUUAUUGGUAGAUUAUUUGAAAAAAAUACUUUUGGUGUUAAAUUCGCUCUAAAAUUUAAUUUACCUUUAACAGUAAUGUCAAAAAUAACUGAUAAUGUGGCAUAUGUUCGGGCAUCUUCUUUGACAACAAUUCAAGUAUAUUUGAUAAUACGUCGUUCCGAUGGUUGGCAAUAUAUCAUGUCCCAGAAUUUACAAGAGAAAAUAUCUUCUCAACUUCCUUUUAUGAUAAAAGAUACCGAAGCUUUUGUUCGACGAGCUGUAAUGGAAUUAAUGAUUUGUCUUAUUUCUGAACGUGAAUGCGGUUCUUUAUUAUUAGCUGAUCAUAACAAGGAAAUUAUGAAUCCUCUCGUCAUGGAUAAAAUUAUGGAUGAUCCAGAUUUUUAUGUUAGAAUCGCUGGUUGUCAAUUUCUUGAAGUUGUAUGGUUUCAUUGUGAACAAGAUAGAAUUAAAUCCGGAAACCAAAUUUUUAGUGAAAUUUUAUUAUUAGAGAGAAAUUCAUCUUGGUUUUAUAUGCUUAACGGUGAUAAAUUACUUCUAGCUGCUGUGGAUGAUUUUAGUCGAUUGGUUCGACGUGAAAUUAUUGAUAUUCUCGACCGUUUAAAAUUAUAUUUCGGGAAUAAUGAUUCCAUUCAAGAAUUAUUUUCAUUACUAAAAUCAAAACAUAAUAUUAUUCCUGAAAAAAAACCUUCAUUAAUGAAAAGUCAUUUGGAAUUUUAUCAAAAAAUUUGUUUAGUUGAUUUUGAUCGACUUAAAUCUACUAUAGACGUUGAACAUUUAUACAAAGAAGCUUUAGAAACUGUCAAUUCUAGUAUGAUGGUGGCUGAUAUUGUAGAAGAAGGAAAUGAAUUUAAUGCUCUAGAUUGUUAUUUCUAA